CCCCCACCGCCCCCGGUGCUGACCAUAGACUGAAUGGUGUUGACUUGACAUGUUUGGCUAGCGGUUGCUACUGACUUUAAUUUCAAUUUCCGCUCAUGAAUAAAUAAUCUGUCCUUUACCAUGUCGGACAGGAACCCAGGGACGAAGCUCGACCUGGAGUGGAUAUCAAAAGUGAGAGUGAACCCACAGGCUGUCCUGAAGAGAGCUCAGCACAUCCAAGGACAAAAGCUCCCCAAGAAACAGUGGCAGGCCGCCUGGCUGCUGAAGGCUGUCACAUGUAUCGAUCUGACAUCUCUGGCUGGCGAUGAUACACCGUCCAACAUCCACCGGCUGUGUCUGAAAGCCAUCCAGCCGGUCCGAUACGACCUGCUCGAGAAGAUGGAUAUGCACAACAAAGGAGUGACUACAGCAGCAGUGUGUGUGUAUCCAUCUCGUGUGGCUGAUGCUGUCGCAUCUCUAAAAGCGGCCAACUCCAGCCUCCCUGUGGCCUCGGUGGCCACUGGUUUCCCAGCAGGCCAAACACCACUUGAGACCCGCCUGCAGGAAGUUCGCAUGGCGGUGGCUGACGGUGCCACGGAGAUCGACAUCGUCAUCAACCGAACGCUCGCCCUCACAGGGCAGUGGGAAGCCAUGUAUGACGAGAUCCGUCAGUUUCGGAAUGCCUGUGGUGACGCCCACAUGAAGACCAUUCUGGCUAUUGGAGAGCUGGGCACCUUCACCAAUGUCUAUAAGGCCAGCCUGGUCGCCAUGAUGGCUGGUUCGGACUUCAUCAAGACUUCCACAGGAAAGGAGGCUGUCAAUGCAACUUACCCUGUCGCCAUAGUAAUGGUGAGGGCUAUCCGUGACUACUUCUUGUAUACAGGCCACAAGGUGGGCUUUAAGCCAGCAGGGGGGAUCCGGACAGCCCAGGAGUCUCUGCUGUGGCUCACUCUGAUCAAAGAGGAGCUAGGCAAUGACUGGCUCAGCCCUCUCCUGUUCCGCCUGGGAGCCAGCAGCCUAUUGGCUGACAUCGAGAGGCAGAUCUACCAUCACGUAACUGGACAAUAUGCAGCCUAUCAUGACUUGCCUAUGGCCUGAAGCUGUGGACUUCCUGUUUUAAUGACCAAUUAGAACCUCACCACACAGGCCUAUCGGUAUUCAUCCAGGCAGCACACUGACUCAUCUAUUCUGUUAACCACACUCAUGUUCAAUGCUCUGACUCAAGGCUAGGACCAAUGUAUGUGACAGAGUGAAAACACUCUGUAGUGUACAUGUGCUUAUACAGAGUAUUUAUGAAGAAAUACAGGUGAACAAACUUGAAAGUCUUUAUUUAGUCUGUUAUUUUAACAGGACUGUCCAUAUCACAGCAAAGGUCCCAACACAACAAAUUGGCCCUUAUGUGAUUUAACUGGUGGCUCAAAUCUCAUCCUUUAUGUCCACUCCCCUUGUAAUUGCCAUAAUGAUGAUGAUGAUAAUAACGUCUGUACAAAAGAAAAUUACUUUCUGGCUGUAGUAGAUUUUUUUUUUUAUUCCAUUGUCAACAGUUCAAGCUGGUGGUGGUGUAAUGGUGUGAGGGAUGUUUUCUUGCCACACUUCUGGCUCUUUAGUACCAACUGAGCAUCGCUUAAACGUGACCGCCUACCUGAGUUUUGUUGCUGACAAUGUCCAUCACAUUGCUGACCAGAGUGUACCCAUCUACUUCCAGCAGGAUAACGCACCAUGUCACAAAGCUCAAAUCAUUUCAAACUGGUUUCUGAACAUGACUGAGUUCACUGUACUCCAAUGGCCUCCACAGUCACCAGAUCUUGAUCUAAUACAGCACCUUUUGGAGGUCGAGGUGGUGGAACGGGAGAUAUGGACCAGAAUCUAUGAGGGAAGUUUCCAGAACCUUUUCAAUGUAUGCCAUGAAGAAUUAAGGAGGUUCUGGCAGAAGGUCCAAUCCGGUACUAGCAAGGUGUACCUAAUAAAGUGGUGGGUGUAGAUGUGAA